AAAAAAAAAAAAAAAAAAAAAACAGCCAGGAGGGCGACACAGUGAAGCGCAGCUGAGCCAAGAGGAGAGCAGAGUUUGCCGAAUACAUGAGACGGUGUGUCCCGGUGUCGGAAAUUACCACUCAACACCCUGGGAUAUACAUUUGCAACCAGACAAGUGGCUGCAGGUUGAAGCUGCGUCUUUGCCUUUCUGUGAGAGGACCAACUCGAACACAACGUUUACAGGAGCGGUUGGCUGCAGCCUAGCUGAAGAUGUCUGAUAAUGGGGAGGUCGAGGACAAGCCACCAGCUCCGCCCAUGAGGAACACCAGCACCAUGAUAGGCUCCUGCAACAAGGACCCCGCCCCCCUCAACCACGGCUCCAAGCCCCUCCCGCCAAACCCAGAGGACAAGAAGAAGAAAGACCGCUCGAUCCGAUUCAUCCUAACAGGAGGAGGCGAUAAGACCUAUAAGAAGAAGGAGCGUCCAGAGAUUUCCCUGCCAUCAGAUUUUGAACACACCAUCCAUGUCGGCUUUGAUGCUGUUACCGGGGAGUUUACUGGUAUGCCGGAGCAGUGGGCCCGGCUCCUGCAGACGUCCAACAUCACCAAACUGGAGCAGAAGAAGAACCCCCAGGCUGUCCUCGAUGUUUUAAAGUUCUACGACUCAAAAGAAACGGCCAACAGCCAGAAAUACAUGAGUUUUACAGAUAAAAAUGUAGAUGCCUACAGCUCCUCUACCACAACGAGCUCCAAGGCCGUGUCCGAGACGCCCGCCAUAGCAACCGUAUCUGAGGACGACGACGAAGACGAGGCCGAGCCCCCACCGGUGAUCGCCCCCCGACCAGAACACACCAAAUCAAUAUACACUCGCUCAGUGAUAGAGCCCUUGCCUCCCCCUCCGACCAAAGAUGCUGCAACCUCUCCCAUCUCGCCACCAACAGCAACUGCCGCUGCUGUCACCCCCGCCUCCCCUGCAGAGGGAGCUCCCAGCAGCCCUCCCAGUGCAAGCCCCGCCCCCGGGCCUUCUGUGCCCCGACCCCAGGACAAAACUAGGAAAAAGAAGAUGUCAGAUGAGGAGAUCCUUGAAAAACUACGGACAAUUGUAAGUGUGGGAGACCCCAAGAAGAAAUAUACACGCUUCGAGAAAAUUGGACAGGGGGCAUCUGGGACUGUGUACACAGCUAUAGACAUCGCUACAGGACAGGAGGUGGCCAUUAAACAGAUGAACCUGCAGCAGCAGCCGAAGAAGGAACUGAUCAUCAAUGAGAUUCUGGUGAUGAGGGAAAAUAAGAACCCAAACAUUGUCAACUACCUGGACAGUUACCUGGUGGGUGACGAGCUGUGGGUGGUGAUGGAAUACCUGGCUGGAGGUUCUUUGACUGAUGUCGUCACGGAAACCUGCAUGGAUGAAGCCCAGAUAGCUGCUGUGUGCAGAGAGUGUCUUCAGGCAUUGGAGUUCCUCCACUCAAACCAGGUCAUCCAUCGAGACAUCAAGAGCGACAACAUCCUGCUGGGCAUGGACGGCUCUGUCAAACUCACUGACUUUGGGUUCUGCGCCCAGAUCACUCCAGAGCAGAGUAAACGUAGCACCAUGGUUGGGACUCCAUACUGGAUGGCUCCAGAAGUCGUGACCCGUAAAGCUUACGGCCCCAAAGUGGACAUCUGGUCCCUGGGCAUCAUGGCCAUAGAGAUGGUGGAGGGGGAGCCGCCAUACCUGAAUGAAAAUCCACUCAGGGCACUGUAUCUCAUAGCAACCAAUGGCACGCCCGAGCUACAGAAUCCAGAGAAGCUGUCGACGAUAUUCAGAGACUUUCUGAACCGAUGUCUGGAGAUGGACGUGGAGAAGAGAGGGUCGGCUAAAGAGCUACUGCAGCAUCAGUUUCUGAAGAUGGCGAAGCCUCUCUCCAGUCUGACUCCUCUCAUUGUGGCUGCUAAGGAGGCUGCCAAGAACAACCGCUAGCAAGCCUUGCACUCAUUAUUCUCUCUCUCUCUUCGUCUACCAUCCCUCCUUCCUCUCUCUUCUCCUUUUUUCACUGACUGCACCAAGCUUGACCCCCCCCUUACAGGGAGAAAUAAGGAUAGUUUCUUCCUGUAACUUUUUGUUCGACACUCCACUGGACUCGGACAGGAAGAUGGGGUGGUGGGGGGGUGCAAAAUGAAUGACAUCAUCAGUGACCAAAUGAUGUCAUCGUUCACAUCACAGCCCCCUCAGCCGGUACGCACAACACAAUAUAGGAGAGAGAGUGUUUCAACAGUUUUUUUCUUUCUUUCUUUCUUUCUUUUUUUAAAUCAAUGUUUGUUUGUUUUUUUCUUACUUUGCCUGUAAAAGCCGCGGACCACAACAGCCAACCAGCAACCUCUGCUGUAGACUGCGUGUGUGUGUGUGUGUGUGUGUGUGUGUGUCUGUGUGUACGUUUGUGUCUUUACCAAGGUCCAUGCUUCCUGUUUUUCGUCUUUGGCUUUCAGUCUGACUUAUUUCAUCAUCUUCUUUUAAAAAGUGCAUUUGUUGAUUUUCAUUUUAACACUUUUUUAAAUCAACAAUUCAGUGUGUGUGUGUGUGUGUGUUUGAGUGUGUCUAUUUUUGGUCAUUAAGUUGAUUGUAACAUUACCUUCUGUAGUUUUGACAUGGAGGAGAUAAGGUUUGGUACUUUGUCGUGUCUGCAGUGUGAGCUGUGAGUUAGAGAAUAUUAAUGUUAAUUAAAAUAAAUGAAAGACUGGCAGGCCCAGAACCAUCGAUGGACAGAGUUUGGACAGUUUGGAGGUUUCCCCUUUCCAAACAGCCAUUUUGGCUCAGUGAUGUCUUUCCAGGAACUUUUCUUUUUUGCUCUUUGUACUUUCAGGUUUUAGGUUUUUAAAAUAAUUCACAGUUAGUGAUAUUAGAUCAGUAUUUCCCCACAUAUGGGCUCAAAAUCUGACUCAGGUUGCAGCAGAGGUUAUGUUAGACUUUCUUAUUGUUCGUCAUUUUGACAGACAGGUUCGUAAAAAUUACAUCAUAAUCUGAGAUAUUACCUUCAAUUUAGAUUUUAGCUGCCGCUGGCUGAUGAAUUUUAUCAGUAAUACCAGCUUGUCCUUUAUCCUUCACCGCAUCAAUCCCUCUUUUUUGUAUUUGUUGAGCUCAAGAGCUUCAGCAACGUCAGUAAGUUACAGUGAAUGUUUGACACUUCAGCUGUGGAGAUGUUGCUGAACAUGACUUCUCUAAUUUUUCACUGUUUAAAAUGGGUAAAAUCUUUUUACAUUGUAGAGCUGCGUGCAACAUAUUGAUUUACUUGGCUCUGUUUAUCAUGAGACUGCUGUGUGUGAGUGUGAGCACCACACCAGGGACAGAUGGUGACAUUGCUAACUUUUAGCAACACACAGCUAACGCUACCUAACAGUUAUUAACGGACUCAGUGACAGAGUUGAGCCUGUGUGGUGUUGGUGUAAGUUUGUUGGAACCAUCAACAGCUCAGUGUUGAUUGUUUGUCAAUGCCAUUGCAGUUACCCGGCUUUUUAAAGAAACUAAGAACACUCAGGUGUCAUUACAUUUUGCAGUGGUAUGUAGAAAUAUAGCUCACCAAUGUAAUGGCUAAAGCAAUGAGGUAACGAAGGUAACCUCUUUUACUAAAGCCAGCUAGACAACAAAUAUACUGGCAGCUUUUAUAAUUUUGUGUGUUUUCAGCACAAAUUGAUAUUAUUCCAUUAUUGUAGCAUUGCACUCCAAUCUCAAAUAUAUCUCAAAUAUUCUACUUACACAAAUCCAAAAUCGGGUCAGCACAGCCCUUCUGAAAAAAUACAACCAAAGGGGAGAAAAAAGCAGUUAUGAAAUGUGUUUACCCAUGAUCCAUUCUGUCAAACUCACUCCAUCUGCGGCUUUGGGACUUCACUGUCUACAGAUUCAACACUAAGACUGUGAGGAGGAGAAUGUGCAUGUCAACAACCUUCUUUUAUAUGGUACGUUCAAGAUAGAGAAGAAAAAUAAUAAGUGAGUUGUGUCUAUGCUGGAACGUAAAGUGAUGGUACAUGAAGGAUGCUUGUGUACGAUAGGAAAAAUCAUAUCUUAAAGGAAUACUUCACCCCCCAAAUGAUCAUGUGUACGUCAGUCACUCACCUUGAAUUUGUGAAGAAAACUGUUUUUCUUGCAUGUCUCCAUGGUGAACAAAGAAUCCAAAAAUGGGGAAAAAAAUAAAUAGAUGUUUUGAUAAGGUUCUGCCAUUGUUAAAUACAGACUCCCUGAAUUGAUUUAUCCAUUUUUGAAAUGAGGCGUGCCAGGAAAACAAAGUUUCCUUCACAAAUUUAACAGGUGAGUUACUGAUUUACAAACGAUCAUUUCGGGGGUAAAGUCCUUUAAUCCUAUUUUCAGAAGAAUGAGACAAAUAAAUGCUACAAUGGUACAGUGUUGUUGUUCCUUUCAGCCUGAUGGAUUGUUGGAUCCCCAGGAACCCUCUGAACAUAAGGUGUAUAUUUUCUGUGCAAAAAAAGAGAAAAAAACUGCAUUGACAAAAAAAAGACAACAACAAUCUGUUUGAUCUUUUGUUUACAGACUAUUUUUUAUAAUCUAUCAAUGUCAGAAAAUUCCUUUUUGUUAUGGAUAGCAAGAUUUGAGUAUUUGUUUUGGAUUUUUUUUUCUGCUGAAUUAAAGGAACAUAGUUUUUCUUGCCAGCAAAAAAUGUCAUAGGUUCAAAUCCUGCAAUAGCUUAGUUUCCAUCAAUAGCCACGGUCAUUCGCUCUGCAUUUGAGCAUCAGAUAUAAAAUCCUGUGUGAAUAAAACACUUCCAAAACAUCUAUUCAAAACUAUCACUUUGAUUUCUGCUGUUAGUUGUUUUUAUAGUUUUGUUUUUAUGUAGUGUUCAUGUACCUCUGGCCUUAAACUGUUUCAAAGGUGCAAGACUACUUUAGAAUAGCAACAUUGGCAACAUUUUUAGGCAACAGUGAAUGUUGGUGCUGCAACUAACAAUAAUUUCAAUUAUUGAUUAAUCUGAUGAUUGCAUUCUCUGUGAGUGAAAAAAUGUUCACAAUUUCCCAGAGCCCACAAUAAGAUAUUCAGAUGUCCUGUUUUAUUCAACCAAAACCACAAAGUUUAUAAUGAUGGAAAAUAAUUAAAACAGGAUGAUUGGCAUUUUUGCUUUAAAAAAAAAGUACAUUUUAAUUCAAUUCUCAAAAAUAUUUGCGAAUCAACCAAUCGUUGCAGCACUACAUGUUUUGAACUCUACAAAGACCAGUGUGAAUGAUCAGUGGUAAAGUAUCUUUGAGCAUGGCAGUGAAACACACAGCUGAUUAGACUGGCUGCAGUGCGGAGGAUGAACGCAGCUGUAAAAUUCAUUUAUGUGUAUAAACUGCCUGAAACUGUUGCCACUGUGUGUCUGUAUGUCCUGGUCUGAACCCCUGGCAUAGAGCUGGACUUUCUUGAGAUCUCUCUAAACUCUGUAUGUGAUUUAAAGUUUUGCUGUUAUUAAGCAGUCAUCAAAAGACAAUGUGACAAAGCAUUCUUAGAUGCUUGUUAAUGAAAAAAAACCACAGGAAUGCAUUUUAAAAUUGUCCCUCAAAGUCUUGGUGAAAUGUUAUUUUUACCUUUUUAAUGAUGUAUUGAUGGGCUCAUAUUAAUCCAACAAAGAAAACGUCUAACUACCAAGAUGUGUGCUGAUGUGAUGGAUUGGACCAAACUGUAAUCAUGAUUUAUUACUUUGUGCCAGAUGAGCUUCACAAUGUUAUUUUUUGCAUUAAAUUGUCGGUUAAAUAAGGAACCACUUAUGCUACAUUCACAUGGAAUCAGGCAGACGGCAGACAGACAACAGGUUCUGGAUGGCAUGGGAAAAACAAACAUACAGUCUGAUGGAAUAGCAGGAUGGAAAAACAAAAUAUGCAUGACAGUAUGUGGUGGUAAUGAUGCCGUAUUGUUGACAAAGAAUAAAAUAAAAUCUAUUAAAUGAAAUUAUUUGGUGUUUAUUAAUUUAUGUAACUUAUCGAGUAACAUCCAGUAAGUCAUCAGAUCACCUGUGUUUCACCUUGUGUGAGGGAGCUAUGUCACAUGCAGUUGUAGAUUCAGCAGAAAGUAAAAAUAUUUUAACUUGUAGAGGCAGUGCCGUCUAACAUUACUGCUGCCGGUAUUGUCUGCCAGCCUCACCUAAUUUAACCGUCCUGCUCUUGUUCACUAAAACAACAUCCGUUUUGCCGUCUAUAGUCUCCCUGAUUCCAUGUGAACGCAGCAUCAGUAGUUUCUUAUUUCAAAUAGUCUAGACUUUUAGCAACUGCUAUAGAACAAUCAAGUAACCAGCUCGCUCUCACCGAGAAAUUACCACAUAGGUUGACUGUGCAAGCAUCUGAUUACAACCUGCACUUGGGUUUAUUUUAAGGCAGCGCCCUCUAGCAACCAUAUUAAUUAUAACAGGAGCAAAGGAGGAAGUUACGUGAUGUGGCAUAAGAGGUGACAGUGUCCCCAUAAUGUUGCACGAAUAUCAAAUAAGCCCCUGUAGGUUGAGUGGGAGGGGUGGUGGGUGGGUCAAACAAUCACAGGACUUUCACCUAGGAGCGUGGUGUUUGCGCCCCCAAAGUCAACAUUAACUUCUUUUAAUAACAACCUAGCCCAGUAUGCUAGAGCACACUACGAUAGUGGUGUAUGGGAUAUCAUGAAUGUGACAUAUGUCACAUGUGGUUAAUGCGUUAUGUUGGAGAAAAAAAAGUACUUAUUUAAUGCCAAACCAUGUUUUUUUUUUCCCUAAACCUAACCACAUAGUUUUGUUGCCUCAACCUAAGCAAGUAGUUUCAGUGUGGAACUGCAACCAUUUUAUGACGUUUAGGUUGUGUUAAAAGAAAUCGACCUAUUCUGUUGUGUAGGUAUAAGAGUGUUUCAUAUAACACAAGAUAGAUUCAUUUCAUUAACAACUGCAGAAAACAAGAUACAUUUCUUUAGUGUAUAAAUCUAGUAUUUUUUUCUUCUUAACAGUUUACAGUGUCCCUUCUGUUGGCAGGUGAAAUACCCAAGGAUUUCAAGUCUAGAGGCCGAUCCAUGAUUAGCAUUCACAUAAUGACGAGCCAUAACAAGAUUCUCACUGCUGACAGCAGACUGGUGUUCAGCAGUCGUUGGUUUUAGAGGUCGUUUAGAUUGGCCGACAUACACCAGACAGCAGGGACAAUUCAGAUAAUAGAUAAUGUGAAUAUAAGACAGGAUUUUGAAUUUCAUCUGCAUGUCUGGGAGAAGAUUCUCCUCUGAUUCAAGUCUCCUUCAUCUUUAGCUGCAAAAUGUCACUAAAAUAGACAAACAAGGAGGUUGCUUUUAUGUCAGAGGGGAGGGGGCCUUUUGCAUGUCGGUGUCCUCUAUCUCCCGAUCCGUCCAUGAUCAUCCUAUGUCACCUUUUUUUUAAUUUGCCAAGAGAAACUACUGUUCCCACAAUACAGUUACAUCAAAGAGCAUCACAUACAGCCUCUUUAGAAAACUAUUUCUGCUGACUUAAUGAUGAGUUACAAAUUCUGCUGGACCUUUAAACAAGUUGAAUACAAUUAAUUAAAAUCUAAUCAUCUUACUAUAUGAUGUAACCAUCAACAAGCAGGACACAAGGGGGGCUUCAAACUUGGUACAGUUCAAGUUCUAAAAGGGGGACUUGGUUCAGUCCAGGAUGAGAUGGUCAAAUGAAGUCUUCUCUCCCCAAUGUAUCAGAGCCAUAAUUUAUCUGUUUAUAAGUCAUUUUGAUGAAUUGAAACAACUCUGAAAACUGAAAAAAAGAAUAAAU